CUCGAGGCUGCCCCCGGAAGUUUCUAUGACGCAUCUUCCUUUCUUUCCUGCUGUCGAAGAGUUGCAUCUUCUCCGGAGCCGUGCCUGGUUUAACGUCAGUUUUGACCAGAUUGGAUCAAUUCUAACAGAAUGUCGUAUCCGACCGAGGAAACCGAAGAAUACGAUCCGUAUUCCUACUCCAACGAUUACGACCUUCAUACUGGCGACCCGAAGGCUGAUCUAGCGUACGAGCGUCAGUAUGAGCAGCAGACGUAUCACGUAAUCCCGGAGGUCAUUAAGAAUUUUUUGCAGUACUUCCACAAGACAAUCUCAGACUUGAUCGAUCAGAAGGUGUACGAGCUUCAGGCUAAUCGCGUUUCAAGCGAGAGCAUUGAACAGAAAAUCUACGAAAUCCAGGAGGUCUACGAGACCAGCUGGAAUAAGUUGACUGACCGCUUCUUUAAGACGUCUCCCUGGCCAGAGGCUGAAGCCAUCGCUUCCCUGGUGGGGAACGGUCAGUGCAAUGCUGUGUUCCUGAUCCUGUACAAAGAGCUGUACUACAGACACAUCUAUGCUAAAGUCAGUGGUGGACCAACUCUUGACCAGAGAUUUGAGUCAUAUUACAAUUACUGCAAUCUCUUCAACUACAUUCUCAAUGCCGAUGGACCCGCUCCCUUGGAACUCCCUAAUCAAUGGCUCUGGGACAUCAUUGAUGAGUUCAUCUAUCAGUUCCAGUCGUUCAGCCAGUAUCGCUGCAAGACGGCCAAGAAGUCCGAAGAAGAGAUCGAGUUCCUGCGGAACAACCCCAAGAUCUGGAACGUCCACAGUGUUCUGAACGUGCUCCACUCCCUGGUGGACAAGAGCAACAUCAACCGGCAGCUGGAGGUGUACACCAGCGGGGGCGACCCGGAGAGCGUGGCGGGGGAGUACGGCCGCCACUCGCUCUACAAGAUGCUGGGGUACUUCAGCCUGGUGGGGCUGCUGCGUCUGCACUCCCUGCUGGGAGACUACUACCAGGCCAUCAAGGUCCUGGAGAACAUCGAGCUCAACAAGAAGAGUAUGUACUCCCGGGUGCCUGAGUGCCAGAUCACCACAUAUUACUACGUGGGCUUUGCCUACCUGAUGAUGAGGCGAUACCAGGAUGCCAUCCGCGUCUUCGCCAACAUCCUGCUCUACAUCCAGAGAACCAGGAACAUGUUCCAGAGGUCCACCUACAAAUACGAGAUGAUAAACAAGCAGAACGAGCAGAUGCACGGCCUGCUGGCCAUCGCUCUGACCAUGUACCCCAUGCGCAUUGACGAGAGCAUCCACACCCAGCUCAGGGAGAAGUACGGGGACAAGAUGCUACGCAUGCAGAAGGGUGAUCUUCAGGUGUUUGAAGAGCUCUUCAGCUUCGCCUGCCCCAAAUUCCUGUCCCCUGUGGUGCCUAACUAUGACAACGUCCACCCCAACUACCACAAAGAGCCUUUCCAGCAGCAGCUCAAAGUGUUCGCUGAGGAAGUACAGCAGCAGGCCCAGCUCUCCACCAUCCGCAGUUUCCUGAAGCUGUACACCACGAUGCCGGUGGCCAAACUGGCAGGGUUCCUGGACAUGACCGAGCAGGAGUUCCGUAUCCAGCUGCUGGUCUUCAAGCACAAGAUGAAGAACCUGGUGUGGACCAGCGGCAUCUCGGCCCUGGAUGGGGAGUUCCAGUCUGCCUCCGAGGUGGACUUCUACAUCGACAAGGAUAUGAUCCACAUUGCAGACACCAAGGUGGCCCGUCGCUAUGGAGAUUUCUUCAUCAGACAGAUUCACAAGUUUGAGGAGCUGAACCGGACUCUGAAGAAGAUGUCGAUGGGUGGGUCCACGACGACCUCUGCGUCCGUAACAGGAAGCAGCGCCACCCGGGCCACAUGAUCUGUGUCAUAGACCUGGAGUAGGUCCAAAAGGGCCUCAGAACCAGCACACAGAAUCUGGGUCUCAUCCAUUUUCUGUUCACUUCAGCUGAUGUGGAUGGUGGCUGAUUGCUUUCAUUGGUUGCACGUAACCCAUUCAGUUUAAAAAACAUUUUCUAUGUAGUUUGAGAACGAAAUAAAGGACAAAAUAAUUCACUGGUG